ACAUCAUUUCACGUGGUCCACAAGACGCUCCCUCGACCAACGGAUCGAAGCUGCUCGACCAACCGUCUCCUGUCAUUUCCAAUUCGCGUAACCCUUGUGUCAUGACGGCUGCGGACGUGGAGAAGAAGAGCAAGAAGAAGAAGCUUAAGGCUUCGGAGACCGAGGGCAAAGAUCUCAUCGCCCCGGAGAGCCACACGCCCGCUCUGGACACGAGCAAGUGGCCUCUUCUGCUUAAAAACUACCACCAACUCAAUGUCCGCACGGGUCACUACACGCCCAUCGCGUGCAGUUCGUCGCCACUCAAGCGUAACCUGCACGACUAUGUGCGUUACGGUGUCAUCAACCUCGACAAGCCAGCGAACCCUUCGUCACACGAAGUGGUGGCCUGGAUCCGUCGCAUCUUGCGCGUAGACAAGACUGGUCACUCCGGAACGCUCGACCCCAAGGUCACUGGCUGCCUUAUCGUGUGUGUGGACCGUGCCACCCGUUUGGUUAAGGCUCAACAGGGCGCCGGUAAGGAGUACGUGGCUGUUGUGCGUCUACACAGCGCCAUCGAGAGCCAAGUCAAGCUCGCUCGUGCCAUUGAGACACUGACGGGUGCUCUCUUCCAGCGUCCUCCGCUUAUUUCCGCUGUGAAGCGUCAACUGCGUAUCCGUACGAUCUACGAAUCGAAACUCAUUGAAUACGAUGAGGACCGUCACUUGGGUAUCUUCCAUGUGAGUUGCGAGGCCGGUACGUAUAUCCGUACGCUGUGUGUGCACUUGGGUCUUGUUCUUGGCGUCGGAGGCCACAUGCAAGAGCUGCGUCGUGUGCGCUCCGGUGUUAUGGGCGAGAAUGACGCGAUGGUCACUAUGCACGACGUAUUGGACGCCCAGUUCCAGUACGACACAUACAAGGACGAGUCCUAUCUGCGACGUAUUGUACGCCCAUUAGAGGUGCUGCUGACCACGUACAAGCGUAUCGUGGUGAAGGACAGCUCGGUGAACGCCAUCUGUUAUGGUGCCAAGUUCAUGAUCCCGGGUCUGCUACGCUUUGCUGACGACAUCGACGUGGGCGAGGAGGUCGUGCUUAUGACCACUAAGGGCGAGGCUAUUGCUGUUGCGAUUGCUCAGAUGACUACGGCGGUGAUGGCUACAUGCGACCACGGCGUCGUGGCGAAGAUCAAGCGUGUUAUUAUGGAGAGAGACACGUACCCGCGUCGUUGGGGCUUGGGUCCCAUGGCUCAGAAGGUCAAGGGGCUUGUGAAGGAGGGAAAGAUCGGCAAGUACGGCAAGGUGAACGAGAACACGCCUGCGGACGUGUCGGAGCUGUACGGGAAGGACGAGAAGAAGGCUCUGGUGGAGGAAGUGACGGAGGAGACGAAGGACGAGGAGGAAGCUCCCAAGAAGAAGCACAAGAAGGAGAAGAAGGAGAAGAAGGAGAAGAAGAAGAAGCACAAGCGUGACGCUGACGAGGCGGACGUCGCUGAAGCUGGCGAGUCUCCGGAGAAGAAGAAAUCCAAGAAGAAGAAGAAAAAAUCCAAGGACACGAGCGACUUGGAAUAGAUGACCUCACACGUAUGAAUAGUGUGACUUUUUCCCAUGACUACUCUUCCGGACAAAAAGGAGAUAGCCUCUUUAAGUCAGCUAUUACAGCUAAUGAGGACCCGAGUGACGUGUUCGCUUGAAAGUAAUAUAUAUCCUGUAUGUUUUUUUUUUCUGUUAUCUACGUCGAAAUUUCGCAAACAAACCCCCUCUUUUUGUCUUUCUGGGUUUAGCUUGUCGUCCAACUUGAUCCACGAGACGUUCACGUUCUCGUUCUUUCGCUCGAAGCACGAAAAUCUGCUGGAGAUGUUCUCGUGCUCGUUUAGAUCUCCAAGCACACUGAAUUCUCACUGCACAAACGAGUUGCCUGGCUCUAAAUUGACUUUGCUUCUCGUCCUCGUACUCUUUCUUACGAGAAGCAAUCACACGUGUACGAGCUAUCGGGUCUUCGUGAGUGUUAUUAGGAUGUCCACGACGCAUGACGCGGCCUGUCGCCAAGUCUUCAAAGAUAUAAUCCGGAUCGUCAUCAACGUUCUCGUUUCUUCUCCGUCUCCUUAUACGUCGCCAUUCUUUCUCCAAA